AUGCAGAGGGAACAGGAAGGGAGGUGGGCAGGAGGGUUAAGGUGCCACGGGUCGCAGGUCGCCAGGGCAGGAGGUAACAGGCGUUGCCUUGGGAGCCCCACCAAGUGUGGUCCGAGUCACAAAAGUGGCAAACCAUAUUCUCCAGCUGCGUUUCUGGGCAGAAAAGUUGAAAAUUUUGUUGUGGGCCCCAAGUCCAAGUUAUUGGACUUGUUAUUGGCCAAGUUCUUGGCCAAAUUUCGUAUUGAAAGAGGCACUAGUUAUUCUGCCAUGAUAUGUGCAACGGAUGAAAACCUGGUCUGGGGCCAGCUGGGCUGGACCCAGAUGGGUGAACUGCAGAAUGAGCAACUACAUUGA